AUGAAUAUAUCUCCAAUAAUGGGGAGUGCAGGAACUGAAGCAGGUGUUGGGGGAGGUCAUUCAGAAACAACAGAAAAGAAAACUGGCUCGGCAAAAGUUGGAGGGAGUGGGGGAAUUGAUAUUAAAAAUAAAGUAGUUUUGUAUUUGUGUCAAUUCAAGGAUAUUACUCCUCUCAAGGAACCGUUAGAGGGCGAAAAUAAUAAAAUCCUUGGUCUUUCACGCAUUUUACAAAUUGCCAGAGUAGCCAAAUAUAGACAGCAAUUUACUCCUAAUCAUAUCGAGACGAAAGAUCUUAAACCGGCACAAAGUGUUAUUGGCUCUAAUUUUAAUCAGCUAAUGAAUUUGGGAGGAGAUGUGUUGCCACAAUAUAGACACGAGACACCAAAAACAUCACCACACAUCAUCCUCCAUUAUUCCACAAGUAAAACUGUUUGGGACUGGUCAAUUCUGGCGCUCACAUUUUAUACAGCAUUCAUGGUGCCAUUCAAUAUUGCCUUCCGUCAUCGAGAUCCAACGCCUCUGGGUAUUGACUAUGUUAUUUUACUCGAUUCUGUUGUUGAUGUUAUUUUUUUCGCUGAUAUUUUACUUAAUUUCCAUACAACAUUUGUUGGCCCCGUUGGAGAAGUAGUAAUAGACCCAAAAGCAAUUAGACAUAAUUAUUUCAAGUCUUGGUUUUUAAUUGAUUUACUUUCUUGUUUGCCUUAUGAUAUAUUUUAUAUGUUUAAACAGGAUGAUGAAAGAAUUGCCUCUCUAUUUAGUGCCCUAAAAGUUGUCCGACUUCUCCGACUUGGAAGAGUUGCCCGUAAACUUGAUAAUUAUUUGGAAUAUGGUGCAGCAACUCUCUUACAUUUACUCUGUGCCUAUGUUCUUGUAGCUCACUGGAUGGCCUGUAUUUGGUAUGUAAUUGGUGAAUACGAGGCUAGAAAUAAAUUUCAUUUUCUUCAAGAACAGACUUUGGCUGAUGGUUGGCUAAUCCGUCUUUCAUAUGACUUAAAAAUGCCAUUUAAUUCGAGUGCUUCAAAUCUAAGUAGAUUAGUUGGAGGUCCAGAUAAAACACAUUGUUAUGUGUCUUCUUUAUAUUUUACAAUGUCUUGUAUGUCCACCGUUGGGUUUGGAAAUAUUGCAAGUACAACUAUGAAUGAAAAAAUAUUCGGAAUUUGUAUGAUGAUUAUUUCUGCACUUUUGUAUGCAGCCAUUUUUGGUCAUAUGACUACAAUAAUACAACAAAUGACUUCCUCUACACAGAGAUAUCAUCAAAUGAUUAGCGAUGUUCGGGAAUUUAUUCGUCUUCAAGAAAUUCCCAAAGAUUUGGCAGAAAAAGUAGUUGAUUAUAUUGUUUCGACCUGGACAAUAAGUAAAGGAAUUGAAUCAAAUAAAGUUCUUGGCUUUUGCCCGAAAGAUAUGCGGGCUGACAUUUGUGUUCAUAUGAAUAGAAAAGUUUUUAAUGAACACAUUUGUUUUAAAUUAAUGUCUGAUGGAUGCGACCUUCUCUACCAUACAGGUGAAUCUGUAGAUGCUUUAUGGUUUGUAGUUCAAGGAUCUUUGGAGGUUAAGCAGGAUGAUGAAGUUGUGGCUAUACUCGGGAAGGGAGAUGUUUUUGGAGAUGAAUUUUGGAAACACAAUAGAACCGGUCAAUCAUCGUGUAUGGUUCAGGCAUUAACUUAUUCUGAUUUGGUUAAUUAUUUAUUUAUAAUAAAAAAAUUAAUUUUCUAUGUAAAUAUUUUAUAUUCUGAAAAAAACUGA